AUGGCCGCCUCCCUUGCCUUGAUCUUCUCGAGCCUCUUGCUAGCGCCCGGCGUUCGCGCUCAGGCGUAUGACACGCAAGAUCGUGGCGAAGAUGCCUUCAGCUAUGUUCAGCCUCUGAACACAACCAUUCUUGGUCCUUAUGGACACUCUCCCGCCGUCCUGCCCUCACCCAAUGCCACUGGCGCUGGAGGCUGGGAAGAUGCCGUGGCCAAGGCCUGGAACUUCAUCGAUCAGCUCACCCUCGAGGAGAAGGCUGACAUGGUCACUGGUCAGCCUGGGCCCUGCGUCGGCAACAUUGUCGCGAUACCUCGCCUUGGCUUCAACGGCCUCUGCCUUCAGGAUGGACCCCUGUCUAUUCGUGUCGCCGACUACGCCAGCGUCUUCUCGGCCGGUGUGUCGGCCGCUGCCAGUUGGGACAAGGGACUGAUGUACGAGCGCGGCCUCGCCAUGGGCAAGGAGUUCCGCGCCAAGGGCGCCCACGUUGCUCUCUCCCCCGUCGCUGGUCCUCUCGGUCGCUCUGCCUAUUCGGGCCGCAACUGGGAGGGCUUCUCCCCCGAUCCUUACCUCACCGGUAUCGGCAUGGAGCAGACCAUCCAAGGCCACCAGGACGCCGGUGUCCAGGCCACGGCCAAGCACUGGAUCGGCAAUGAGCAGGAGACUCUCAGGAACCCGAUCUACGACCCCAACGGCACCCUUACGGACGUCACCUUUGAGGCCCUCUCGGCCAACAUUGACGACCGGACCAUGCACGAGCUCUACAUGUGGCCGUUCGCCAACGCCGUCCACGCCCGCUGCGCGAGUUUCAUGUGCGCCUACCAGCGACUCAAUGGCUCGUACGCCUGCGAGAACUCCAAAGCUCUGAACGGCCUCUUGAAGGAGGAGCUCGGCUUCCAGGGCUACGUCAUGUCGGACUGGGGCGCCACCCACUCUGGUGUUGCCUCCAUCGAGGGCGGUCUUGAUAUGAACAUGCCCGGUGGCCUUGGCCCCUACGGCAUGACGCCUGAGGCUGGCUCGUUCUUCGGCGGCAACGUCACCACUGGUGUGAACAACGGCACCAUCGAUGUCGCACGCAUUGAUGACAUGAUUCUCAGGAUCAUGACCCCCUACUACUGGCUCGGCCAGGACGGCGACUUCCCCAGCACCGAUCCUUCAUCCGCUGAUCUCAACACCUUUUCUCCGAGGGCCACGUGGCUGCGCGAGUUCAACCUGACCGGUGAGAGGAGCCGCGAUGUGCGCGCUGACCACGCCGGCCUCAUCCGCAAGCAUGGUGCCGCGGCAACUGUGCUGCUGAAGAACGAGAACAAGGCUCUUCCCCUCAAGGCACCGAAGUCUAUUGCCGUAUUCGGCAACGAUGCCGGCGAGGACACACAGGGUUUCUACAACCAGGCCGACUUCGAGUACGGUACCCUUGUGGCGGGUGGUGGCUCCGGAACUGGCAGGCUCACGUACCUUAUCUCGCCUCUCCAGGCCAUCAAGGAGCGUGCUGCGCAGGAUAACGCUCUUGUUCAGCAAUGGCUGAACAACACCCUCAUCAUCAACUCCAACGUCACCGAUCUGUGGGUGCCCACGCCCCCUGACGUCUGCCUCGUGUUUCUCAAGACGUGGGCCGAGGAGGCUGUUGACCGCCAACACCUUGAUGUCGACUGGAACGGCAACGAAGUUGUCGAGUCUGUGGCCAAGGACUGCAACAACACAAUUGUCAUUACCCACUCGUCCGGCAUCAACACCCUGCCCUUCGCCAAGCACCCUAACGUCACGGCCAUUGUCGCAGCUCACUUCCCCGGUCAGGAAUCCGGCCACUCGCUGGUCGAUGUUCUCUACGGUGACGUCAACCCCUCGGGCAAGCUGCCCUACACGAUCGCCAAUAAUGGUAGCGACUACAACGCCCCGCCGACGACUGCCAUUAACACCACGGGGGUCUACGAUUGGCAGUCGUGGUUCGAGGAGAAGCUCGAGAUUGACUACCGCUACUUCGACGCCCACAAUAUUUCCGUCCUCUACGAGUUCGGCUUCGGUCUGAGCUACACCACCUUCGAAAUGGCUGACCUCCAAGCCGAGCCCCUCGCCACCGACAUUACCUCCCGCCCCGCCGACGUCCCCAUCCUGCCCGGCGGCAACCCUGAGCUGUGGGGUGUCAUCUACAACGUCACUCUGUCCGUGUCCAACACGGGCGACGUCGACGGCGCCGCGAUCCCGCAACUGUACGUCAGCUUCGCCGACGGAGCCACCCCCGCCGGCACGCCCGUCAGGCAGCUGCGCGGGUUCGAAAAGGUGCCGCUCGCCGCGGGUGAGACCAAGACUGUGCAUUUCGGACUUAUGAGGCGGGACCUCAGCUACUGGGACAUUGGCGUGCAGCAGUGGCUCAUCCCUGAGGGCGAAAUUACCCUCUCGGCGGGCUUCAGCAGCAGGGACUUGCAUGAGGAGGCUACGAUUACGCCUGUCCAGGCUUAG